AGUUGCAGCCAUCACGCUGCCUGUGGUGGCUAGCCAGCUUAGCCCGUCUGACUAGUGGAGGAGACGGAGGAGAAUGUCUCUGGCCUCCUUGCACUCUCUCAGAAAACGGAAAUUCCUCGCAGUGAACGUAACAACUUCCUGUUACACUUUCUGGGAGCCGGCGGUGGUGUUCAAGGUGGUCAUUUGUAUCGUGACUGCAGCAGGAUGAAGACCGUGCUUAUUACGGGAGCCUCCGGUCUGCUCGGAAGGUCCCUGGUUAAAGGAUUCCAGGCCGCCUCUUGGAAUGUCACCGGUCUCGCUCGCAGCAGGGCUUCCGGAGACUUGCUUAACGUGGACCUAAUCGACCGCCAACAGACGGAAAAAAUCGUGAAGGAAAGAAAGCCACGUGUCAUCGUGCAUUCAGCUGCUCAGCGGUUCCCUGACAAGGUUGAGAAGGAUUAUGACGCCAGCUACGCGCUUAACGUCACUGCAUCCAAAGAUCUAGCAGCUUUAGCCGAUUCCGUGGGAGCCGCGUUCAUCUUCAUAAGUACAGAUUAUGUGUUUGAUGGACGGAACCCACCCUACUCCGAGGACGCCAAGCCCAACCCUUUGAACAAGUACGGCACGACCAAAGCAGAGGCUGAGAAAGCAGUGCUCACUGUGAAACCAGACGCAAUCGUGCUUCGCGUGCCUGUGCUGUACGGCGGUGAGGAGUAUGCGGCUGAGAGCGCAGUGUCCGUCUUGUGCCAGCUGCUGAACGACCGCUCGAAGCACGUGAAAGCGUCGGAUUACGAGAUCCGCUACCCUUCCCACACGGAGGACAUUGCGUACAUCGUUGUCCAGCUAGCCGAGCAUCGAUUACAGGAGCGGAGCGUGAGCGGUGUGUACCAGUGGUGCGGACUGGAGCCUCUCACCAAGUACGCCAUGGUGCGUGCCAUCGGCCAGGCGCACGGGCUCGACACCGACCACGUGUCUCCGGAUCCUGAGCCGAGCAGUGGGGCCCCGAGACCCCGAGACUGCCGCCUCGAGCACACUAGGCUAGAGCAGCUCGGCAUCGCCCGCCACACGCCUUUCGCCAAGGGCGUCGCAGGCUUCGCCAAGUUUCUACAACCCGCCGCCGCCGCCGCGCAGCAGUCUUGAAGCAUGCCGUUCUUGUACAUAACGACCUCGAUCGCCGUCGUGUUUUGCUUUCACUUGUGCAAUAUUGGCGUUUCGGUAGUCAGGUCGGGGAAAUGGGAGUGAUUAUCUUAUAGUUUCUAACUCGGGGACGGACGAGAUACAAAUAAAAAAUAAAUGGUAAGAGACACUGAAUGCGCUGCGUGUUGCUGUUAUAAUUCUUUCAUUAAUCUUUGUUACGACGAUCACAUUGACUGCUGUCGUGUGCGGUGCAAGGGAUAGGGGAAAUGAGUGUAGGGUAAAGGAAAGCGAUAGUCAGAAAGGGUUGAUGAUAUCUUCCUCCCGUAUUAAGUUCAGCAUGGAAACUAAGUAUUGCUUUCCUGUGGGCCCCGCCUCCAGCAUUAUUCACUCUUCGAGAGUGUCGUGGUGUGCAUAGGUGAAAGUGUUACCAGAACCCUGCGUUCGCGGCGCAAUGUCACAUGUAGUGCGAGAAUUCGGUGUCGUCAUCCGUGAUGAGUAUCGCUUGUGGAUGGUUGGCUGUGCCUCCAUUCUGUCGCGUAUGCCAGCCGUGCGUAUUACGUGUCACUAAAUUUAUUGUGUGUCGUCCAUUCCUGGUUGUUAUAUAUCUAGGUCCUUGCUACAGAAAGGUUUCCGUAGGCAGUCCAAUAAUGUUCCUUGUGCGAUUUUCGUGUACAGUGGUCAUGUUGACGAGACGGAAAGCGAUACGUGUUGCUCAUAAACCCUACGUCUCCUUCUGUGCACUACGUACGUCUUCGUAAGUAGUGCACAGAAAAAGAAUUAUGUGACUGCACACGGAACGUUUUGGUAUAGGUAUGUGAUUAUACAAAAAAAAAAAACACGAGGCUGUAAAUUUCCGAAUACAAUACAGGCUCUUCAGUUCCUAUGUAUGGCUUGUUGUGGGUGGGCCUAAAGCGGUAAUGCUGUUCUGACGGUGGGUAUGCCUGUGUCUUUGUCGAAAAUACUCUAAUGCAGUUCAAUAAGUCGAAGUGUUGUCCGCGCUGUUCGGAUGUGUACUACGCAGAGAAAUGCAAUAUAUAUAUAUAU